CGCGCCGCUUCCGGUCUGCAGCCUUGUAGUGGGGCUGGAGCAGAGCCUGCUGCGAACCCCUGGAGCCCACGGUCAGUGUACCGUGCCAUCCCUCGAAUCCGAAUCCGCCAGCACGAGCCUCCCACCCGCGCCUGGGACCAUGGCCACUGACUCAUGGGCCCUGGCGGUGGACGAGCAGGAAGCGGCAGCCGAGUCGCCCACAGAACUUAAUUGCCCAAUCUCAGUCUGGUACUGGUAAAACAGCUGCCUUCGUGCUGGCCAUGCUUAGCCAAGUAGAACCUGCAAACAAAUACCCCCAGUGUCUAUGCCUCUCCCCAACAUAUGAGCUCGCCCUCCAAACAGGAAAAGUGAUUGAACAAAUGGGCAAAUUUUACCCUGAAUUGAAGCUAGCUUAUGCUGUUCGAGGCAAUAAAUUGGAAAGAGGCCAGAAGAUCAGCGAGCAGAUUGUCAUUGGCACCCCUGGGACCGUGCUGGACUGGUGCUCCAAGCUCAAGUUCAUUGAUCCCAAGAAAAUCAAGGUGUUUGUUCUGGAUGAAGCUGACGUCAUGAUAGCCACUCAGGGCCACCAGGAUCAGAGCAUCCGCAUCCAGAGGAUGCUGCCCAGGAACUGCCAGAUGCUGCUUUUCUCUGCCACCUUUGAGGACUCUGUGUGGAAGUUUGCCCAGAAAGUGGUCCCAGACCCAAACAUUAUCAAACUGAAGCGGGAGGAAGAGACCCUGGACACCAUCAAGCAGUACUAUGUCCUGUGCAGCAGCAGAGACGAGAAGUUCCAGGCCUUGUGUAACCUCUAUGGGGCCAUCACCAUUGCUCAAGCCAUGAUCUUCUGCCAUACUCGCAAAACAGCUAGUUGGCUGGCAGCAGAGCUCUCAAAAGAAGGCCACCAGGUGGCUCUGCUGAGUGGGGAGAUGAUGGUGGAGCAGAGGGCUGCGGUGAUUGAGCGCUUCCGAGAGGGCAAAGAGAAGGUUCUGGUGACCACCAACGUGUGUGCCCGCGGUGAGCAGAGGACGUGUCCCACCUGGUCUGCCAGGCUCGGGGUCCCAGGCCCAGUUAGAGCCAGAAAUCCUGGUGAAAAACUCCCACAGAAGCCAGGAGUCCUGCCUUGGUGGAAGGAAGUGUACAGGCAUCUGACUGGCAUCGAUGUUGAACAAGUGUCUGUCGUCAUCAACUUUGAUCUUCCCGUGGACAAGGACGGGAACCCUGACAACGAGACCUACCUGCACCGGAUCGGGCGCACAGGCCGCUUUGGCAAGAGGGGCCUGGCAGUCAACAUGGUGGACAGCAAGCACAGCAUGAACAUCCUGAACAGAAUCCAGGAGCAUUUUAAUAAGAAGAUAGAAAGAUUGGACACGGAUGAUUUGGAUGAGAUUGAGAAAAUAGCCAACUGAGAAGCUCCACCAGCCACUGGUGCCAGCCCUGGCACUGCCCCUGCACGGGAGACAAGUGCAUUCAGGGCACAGCCUCCGACAUCACCCCAAGGACAACGGCAUGAGUAGAGGGAAACUACCUACCUCACUGCAAAUUAUGUUUGGACUUGACAAAAAUGUGUGCAAAUGAUGGGGGAUGGUAGAAAAAAAAUUAUUUACGCAACCUUGGAAGAUUAGGCAUGAAUACACAGAGAUUUACCUUUAGGAAGUUUCAUCUUUUAAUUUGGCCAGCGUUUCCCUCAUGCUAAUCUAGAUGCUGUGGCUGAUUGCUUGCUUAGGAUCUCCUGUGGCAGCCUCUGCUUGUUCUCUGGCUUGGAGUGGAUGGGCCAGCCUCCAGCUCCUGUGGAAGUAAUGGAAUAGCAGUGAAAAGGGAACACAGAGAGGGAGGCCUCCAGUAAGAUAGGUGUGUAAGCCCAGUCAUCAUGUUUGGAAUGGCAUGAAGCAGCAGAGGAGGCCUGAGAGCUGCUGCUUUGGACUUGGGGGUGGGACAGCUCACCAGAUUAUUGCCAGCCCCCUGUCCUAAUGCCCACAGCAGAAGGGGAUUUGUUAAAUAAGCACGGACCAAAAUGCCAGCCUCUUGGACCUGUGUAUAUGGGUUUGUGUCACAGGACUGUGACCUGUUCUCGGUGGGUGCAGUCUGUGUAGGGUGCACAUCUGAUUAUUGGUGGGUCCCGUGCCUGUGCUUAAGCAAGUCCUGUAGAGAAGUCAUCGUGGAGAAUUAGUGGUGGCCCUAGCUUGCCACAAAACCUGGUCUCAUGAGCAUCUGCAACAUCCUUUUUACAUCCUUUAUAUCACCUUACCCCAUAGUAGCCCCAAGCAAAUGUGAUCUGAGGUUUAGAUCCUCAUUGAAAAUUGUGGUUUCAAGUCUCUCAUGGCCAGCCUCAAGGCAGUUCUAGACGUGGUCAGCAGUAAUCACAAAUUCUUGUUUUGUUUCCAUACCCAGAAGGCAAGUUUUGUCAGAGCUGGGGAAUAAUUUCAGAUAUUUGACAUAUUGAUUAUAAAGGGCUUCUGAAUGUCUGUGUUUACUGCCUUUGGAAUACAAACAGGUACAACUGAGGGACUAACUGCACUACUGCCAUUUGUCUGUCUAAGGCAAGAGUAUCACCAAGGCCUUUGCUCCAGCCUUACUUGGCAUCUUUGUGCAAGACAGAGCAAACAACAGUAACGGACACUUCUCGUACCUGGCCAAGGCUGUUGUACCUUAGCCAGGUACAACAUGUUGUGUGUUGGUACCCACAAAAUGACGGCAAAGAUGAGAGGAACCUGAAUUGCCAGAGCAAUAUUAAACCCGAGCCAAGAGGAGUACUCUGCAGUUCUUUGGCUUUGGUACAGAGUGGCCACUUUCUCUAGGAUCUGGAAGAAGAGUUUUAUGUGCUAAGAACGAUUGUGAUUCUAGGUCUUCCUUGUAGGCAUCUCUGUAUUUAGGCCAUAUCUGUCUCCUGGGAAGGGAAGGAGCCAAUGUCAGCCUCCAGGUGAUUUAUUUAGUCUGACAUUACAAAGAGACAAAUAGACUGCCAAUUCUACCACAUUCCCCUGGCGGGUACUUGACUAUGUAGUCUUCUCUAUGCUUCUGGUCACCUCUGACACAUCUUGGAAUUCUUGUAAGAAAAGAAAUUCUUAUACUUUUUU